AUUUUGUAACUUGAACUAUAAAAAAUAAGUACAAGAACCGAAAAUAAUCAAUUUCAUAAAUUAUAUAUAUUUUACACAAACGCAAAAUGUUUUUUUUUUCUUUUGUUGAGAAUUGAGAAUAUAAAAUAUUUAUUCUUUAUUUUUCAUAAAAAUAUUUUUUAAAUUGUGGGAAAAAAAAAAGAAAAAAACUAAACCCGUCACGUGACUCGCAAUUUUUGACAAGCCAGAAGGCGUCGUUGUGUCUUUUUCUCGUCAAAUUGAUACAUCUUCACCGAAGGAAACCCUCUCCUUCGAUUGCUCUUCGUAUUUGCAGAGAAAAACAACAGAUUGAUCAUCAUCGAUUCAACAAUCAGAGAGAAAGAUGCAGAUUUGCAUGAAAUGCAAUUGCGCCGAAAAUAGUUGCCCCGAAUGGGCAAUCGUGGAGUUGCAAGUGUUGUAUUAUAUUUUUUGAUAUAUGAGAAAAAUAUGUUUGACAAAAAACCUAUCUUAGAAUGAAAAAUCUUUUAUGUGAAUCUCAUAUUUCGAAAUAAGAUUUUCAUAUUUCGAAAUAUGCAUGAAUAGUGUUUGGCGCGAAUGUUCAAAUGUUUGAAAAAUCCACAAUUCAUGUAUCAUGUUUCGAAACUAAGUCUCUAUGUUUCGAAACAUCAUUCUAUCAUGUUUCUAUACUUGUUUUGAAAUAUUUUUGAAAAGGUUUCAAUGUUUGCUAAGUUUGUAUGCCAUAUUUCGAAACCUAUUUGAGAUUUAAGCACAUGUUUUGAAACCUAUAUGGUAUGUUUCGAAACCUCUGACAAUUUUGUCAGUAGAGCAUUUAAAAUCUGAAUUGCAUAUGUUUUGAAAUAUGUUUUUGAAGUAUGUUUCGAAACCUUUAUAUCAUGUUUCGAAAUAUCUGAUUCUGUAACGACCCGUUAGGGGGUUUAGGCGUUUUUGGGAAUUUUAUUUUGGGCUCAAAAUUUUUUUUUUUUUGCUUUAGUUAAUUGAAGAUUAAAUUUUUUUUUGGAAUAAGGUGUAAGUGGAAAUAAGAAUUUGGGAACCCAUUUAAAUGGGAUUUAAAAUGUGGGAAAAAGUUCAAAUGAAUUGGGCCAUUGAGAUGUGUUUAGAAUUUUAAUUGUGAAUGAAGGGGAUUGGGCCUUGAAAUUGAGUUAGGUCCAAGUGUAAAGUUGAUACAAAUAAGUGGAAGUUGAAAGAAGAAUCGUUGGGCCUGGUUUAUUUGAGAUAAAUUAAUGGGUUGGGCUAGAGUCCAUUUGCAAAUAAUGAUUGAAAUUUAAUAUGAAUUUAAAAUAAAGUGUAAAAUGUCUAAAAUGGGUUAAUGAAUGUUUAUGCAUGAUAAAAAGGUAAGGGCAAGUGUGUAAUUCCACAAUUGGGUUGAAUAAAGAAUAUGGGAAAAGAAAAAGAGGAAAUGCCAAAUGUCAAUGCUAUCCUUGGCCUUCCUUUGACCGUUGUUAGGUGAGGGGCAAUCGAGUAAUUUGCCAUGGAAUGCAGGGGGCAGACCUGCACCUUCUUUUUAUCCCCUCUGGAGCUUCAAUGGAAGUGAGGAAACGGGUGAUUCUUCUUCAUCCUUCAUCAACAGGUUACAAAGAAGAGAUCAUAGAGAGGAUAAAGCAGAGAUGUUUUCAUUGUUUUAUGGACUGUGGAAGUAUCUAUCUAGUAAGACAGAGUAUCAUGUUCUUAUUCUUGGAAUCGACAAGGCUGGGAAAACAGAUUGUGCCAACAGUGGGCCUAAACAUUGGGCGUCUUGAAGUCUCAAAUACAAAACUAGUAUUCUGGGACCUGGGAGGUCAGCCUGGUCUUCGAUCAAUCUGGGAGAAAUAUUAUGAAGAGGCACACGCUGUUAUGUAUGUAGUUGAUGCUGCUUGCCCAUCACGUUUUGAAGAUUCAAAAUCUGCACUUGAAAAAGUUCUUCGGCAUGAGGAUAUGCAAGGAGCUCCACUUCUGAUAUUAGCAAACAAGCAGGACCUUGCCAAUGCUGUAUCAGCUGAAGAACUUGCUCGAUAUCUAGACCUAAAGAAAUUGGAUGAAAGGGCUUACACAUUUGAAGCUGUUUCAUCAUAUGAUGGGUCGGGAAUUAAAGAAAGUGUGGAGUGGCUUGUAGAGGUAAUGGAGAGAAGUAAGAGAACAGAAAUGUUGAGGGUCCGUGCUGGCUUAACAAACCUGGGAUCUGCUUAGAAGAAAAUUAUACAUGGAUCUACAAUUUUAUUGUUUUCACCCUUGUGUAACUCUUGUAAUCAUGGUUCAAUUUCCAUCCCACAUUAUUGGAAUUUACUGAUUUGAUUACACCUUAAAAGCCUCAUAGUUUUUAUUGUUUGAAGCUCUCUUCAGGGUUGUUA